AUGAUCAAAGCAUUGGUGCUUUGGAUGAAGAGGAAUAUGGGAAGUUCCACAGGCACACAAAAUAUCAGUACUGCGGACGCUCCCCGAGAGAAAGCCCAAAUUUCAUGCCUCACCCGUGGCCCCAGAGAAAGAAAUUCAGCAUGCGACGAGGUUCCUCCAGGCUUGUCCGAGAAUGACACUAUGGUCCUGGCCAAGGUCAAACGCAGGGCCUACAUGUUAGACUAUGCUCUGUUCAACCUAUGUGGAAUUCAUUUUGGCUGGGGCAGUGUCAUUGGUCUCGUGCCGUUAAUUGGUGAUUUCAGCGAUUUUCUCCUCGCAACAUUGGUCGUGAGAACUUGUGGAGAGAUUGACGGCGGACUUCCCAUAGCUCUACGGUUGAAGAUGAUAGGCAAUAUAGCCUUGGAUCUCAUCAUUGGACUGACCCCAUUCAUUGGCGAUCUUGCUGAUGCGAUCUACAAGGCCAACAUGAGAAAUGCUCACAUUCUUGAAUCCUACUUGCGUGAAAAAGUGGCCGAAAACGCUUAG